AUGAUGAGACGCCUUUCGAGUGUCUUUAAAAUUAAAGACAAGGAAACUAAUAAAUCUUCACCUACGUCUGCCGAAAAUGGAGCAACCUCAUCAGGCGGCCCAGCGCGUCGUUUGACUUUAGGUGUGACUAAAAAGUCUACCGGUGGCACUGCAAGCUCCAAUCCUCAGGUAUUUGAAGGUCCCGAUCAUAGUGUAAAACGCGCUGGUAUCGUAGGAACUCUCGAGUCACUCGGAAAAGUUAUCAGUACGGCCAAUCGUCCUUUGAAUACCGAAACGGGAGAUGGCUCAUACGAUACAAAACAAGAGCAGUCGGGUUUAUGGGAGGAUCUCAAAGCAUUGCGAAUUAAGGAUCUAGAGACAUUGCAGAUGACUAUAAAGCAAGAACUAGGAUCCUCAAAUCUGGCCGAUGACAAGACCAUGUUAAUGGAGAAGCUUAUUCAGUUGGUUGCAAACCUUCCUGGAACUUCCAAGACUCGAGUUAAGCUUACGGAAGUACUUGUUGAUGAGCUGUGGGGAUCCUUGGAACAUCCACCAGCUUCAAUGCUUGGUGACAAGUAUAAUUAUCGACAAGCUGAUGGCUCAUAUAAUAACAUCAAGUUUCCCGAUAUCGGAAAAGCAGGCACAGCGUACGCUCGAAGUGUAACUCCAAAAAUCAUUCAACCAAACCCAAAGCCAGAUCCAGGGCUCAUAUUCGACACAAUUAUGAGUCGAGAAAAUGGUGGAUUCAAGCCCCACCCGAACAAUGUUUCCAGUAUGCUUUACUAUAUCGCAAGCAUUAUCAUUCAUGACUGCUUCCGCACCUCACACGAAGAUUUCAACAUUUCAAUGACCUCCUCUUAUUUAGAUCUUUCUCCUCUGUACGGGAGUAAUCAGGAUGAACAAGAUAACAUGCGAACACUAAAGAAUGGAGAGCUGAAGCCGGAUUGUUUCGCAGAGAAGAGAUUAUUAGGUUUUCCUCCUGGAGUUGGGUGCAUUCUUAUUAUGUUCAAUCGUUUCCACAACCAUGUAGUGAAACAAUUGGCAGCAAUAAACGAGAAUGGACGCUUUACACCCCCCAAGGACAAUCUACCAGACGACAAGAAGCAAGCAGCCUGGAAAAAGUACGACAAUGAUCUCUUUCAAACCGGACGGCUUAUUACCUGCGGUCUCUACAUUAACAUUAUUCUACUCGAUUAUCUCCGCACAAUUGUCGGUCUGAAUCGGGUCAAUUCUACCUGGACUCUUGAUCCUCGGAUCGAAAUGGAAAGAAAUAGCAAGCCCGGAACUGCCGCUGGAGUCGGGAAUCAAUGUGCCGCCGAAUUCAAUCUCGUGUACCGAUGGCAUUCCUGUAUCAGUCAACGUGAUGAGAAAUGGUCAGAAGAUCUGUACAUGAAAAUAUUUGGGAAGAGCUACAAGGAAGUCACUAUGCAGGAGCUUCUUAUUGGUUUGGGUAAGCUCGAAGCAAUGACACCAGAAGAUCCGCUACAACGAGACUUCGCUGGUAUGAAGAGAGGUACUGACGGAAAACUCAAUGAUGAUGAUCUUGUUAAAGAAUUGACCGCCAGUAUCGAAGACUUGGCUGGGUCAUCAGGAGCAAAUAACGUUCCUGCAGUCCUUCGUGCUGUUGAAAUCCUUGGAAUGGAACAAGCUCGUGCAUGGAAGUGCGCAACACUAAAUGAAUUCCGCAAACACUUCGGCCUCAUACCACAUGAAAAGUUCUCAGACAUCAAUUCAAAUCCAGCUGUCUAUGAGAAAUUGAAGGUGCUGUUCGAUGAGCCUGAUUUGGUGGAACUUUAUGCUGGAUUAGUUUGUGAAGAUGCCAAAGAGCCUAUGGAUCCAGGUGUUGGUAUUGGACCGACCUAUACAAUCAGUCGUAGCAUUCUUUCUGAUGCAGUUACAUUGGUUCGUGGUGACAGAUUUUACACCACCGACUAUCAUCCAGCAAACCUUACGAAUUGGGGCGUUACUGAAGUCAACUAUGAUUUGAACGUCAAUCAAGGUUGCGUUUUCUAUAAGUUGUUCAUCCGCGCUUUUCCAAAUCAUUUCUCUUAUAACAGCGUAUAUGCUCACUAUCCCCUUACGAUACCGUCUGAAAAUAAAAAGAUUAUGGAAAAACUUGGUCGUGCAGAUGACUACAGUUGGGACAAACCGGUCAAGGUUCCAGAACGAAAGAAUAUCGUCACCUAUGAUGGAGUCAAGAGUGUUCUCACCAACGCGGAAGUAUUUGGAGUUGAUAAUUGGCGCAGAGGUUUUUCUUACCUCAUGGGAAAACCAGGUGCCAAUUUCAUGUUAUCUGGCGAUGGCGACUUCUUUGCCGAACGUCGCAAUCAAAUGAAGGAAUGUCUUUACCAAGAGAAAUGGCACGAGAGUGUCAAGAACUAUUACGAAAGUAUUGUUCCAAAGCUUCUCAAGAGAUGGUCCUACAAUAUUGGUGGCACGACCAGCCAGGUUGAUGUUAUUCGCGAUAUUGACAAUUCCGCUCAUGUUCACUUUGCCGCCAACGUUUUUCACCUACCACUCAAGAGUGAAGAUAAUCCCAAAGGUGUAUAUACCGAGCAUGAAUUGUACAUGGUGUUGGCUGUUAUCUUCAUCGUAAUCUUCUUUGGUGACGUCGACCCAGCCAAAACCUUUGCACUACGUGCUGCUGGUCUUCCAAUCACACAAGAUCUUGGUCAACUAGUCGAGCAAAAUGUGAACUUUAUUUCGAAGACUAGUCUUGUAUCAGGUAUCGUUGAUACUUUCAUGGAAGAAAAUAACGCACUUAAAGAUUAUGGUGUGCACAUGGUACGCCAUUUGUUGAAGACUGGCUUGGGUGUUCAUGAGACUGUUUGGUCACAAAUUUUGCCCACAGCAGGAGCAAUGGUAGCGAAUCAAGCACAAGUUUUUGGUCAAGUCCUUGACUUUUAUCUUGGUGAUGGCAGAGAACAUCUUCCAGAGAUUAACCGUCUUGCAAAGCUCAACACAGCAGAGGCAGACGAUAUCCUUUUGCAUUACUUGUUAGAAGGAAUUAGAAUGUACGGCACAUUCGGUGCUUACCGCACAUGUCAUCGAAACAUUACUGUCAACGAUGGAUCUCGCAAAGUCGAUUGCAAGCCUGGCGAUUCAGUCUUCGUCAGUUUCGUUUCACUGGCUCAAGACCCUAAAAUCUACCCCGAACCAAAGAAAGUUCGUCUAGAUCGUCCAGUCGAUUCUUACCUCGUCUAUGGUGUCGGUUCGCACGCUUGUCUCGGCGCCGAAGCUUCACGUGUAGCUCUUACAGCGAUGCUCAAAUGUAUUGGCCGACUUGACAAUCUGAGACGAGCAUCUGGCCCUCAGGGAGAAAUGAAGAAGAUCCCAAGAGAGGGUGGAUUCUAUGUUUAUAUGGAUAAGAUGAUGGGAUCCGAAUUCCCCUUUCCGACUACAAUGAAGAUCUGUUGGGAUGGAGGGUUGAAUGAACCGGCACCGGUGGUGAAUAAGGGAAAAGGAAAGAGGAAUGGCGCAUGA